ACCACCAUAUCCAUAUUUGUCAAAAAAUAGAACACUUUGCAUUCAAAUUUUUUUUUAAAUAAAUUUGGACUUAAAAGGAGCAAACUAAGCGCGAACAAUAUGGCUUACCAUUGAAAAUUUCUUACAAGUUACAAAUACAAACCACAAACACAUGUUGCAGAUAAUUAUUUUCGACACCAAAAUGACACCCACCUUGUUCCCUCUCACCCUCGUUUUCUUGGAUUCUUGAAUCCCAACUUUCUCGGCUGACAAACUACCUUUCCUGAAAGUUCAUGUCAAUGAAGCCAUGCAUCGCGAAAACCACAGCCCGCUAUGUCCCCCAAGUACAACAAGUGCCAAUAGAUAUUCGACAACGACCCAAGUGAAGACCAAGAAGAAGAAAAAUAAAAUAACCAAUUUCUUCCCAUGCUUUCGAUCGUCUGAUGUGACUGUUUUGGAACUAGGACGACUUCCUAAGAAUGUUUUCACAUACAUGGCUAUAGAUGAUAAGGAACGUGGGGUGUUUCCUAAGGUGGUACCAAUGUCUUUAUCGUCGUCGUUGGCAACAUCAAAUGAUGAAGGAGAUGAUGAAAAAUGUCACUGUACUCAACAAGAAGAGAAAGGACGAUGUGGAUUUUCUCAAGUUUUAAAGGCAGUUUUGGUCAAAACAAAACUGCAGGUUAAGAAGAUCCAUGAAAGAAAAUUUGAAACGAAUUUUGCUAACACAACAAAUGAGAGUUCAAUUACCUCAACUUCUAAUCUAGAUUGGUCGGAGGGAGAUGUGCCGAAAGUGAUCUCCAAGAAAAGGUCAUACAUUGGCAUGGAAGAAAAGGGAGGUUUGGUUUUCCCGAAAGUGUCACCAAUGGCUUCACCAUUGCUAUGUAAUGAAGAAAAUAAUGACAAACGUGACAGUCAAUAUUGGAGAAGUAAAGGCCGAAAUAAAUUAUCGAAUGUUUUGAAGGCGAUUUUGUUCGAUACAUCUUUGGCCAAGAAGAUUCAAAAAAGAAAGAAGGGAAAGAAACUUGGAAGAAAUGAGAGUUCAAAGUACAAUUCCAAGGAAGAUGACCCAAAAGUGAUGUCUGACACUGCUUCUUUUUUAACUAAUUGUUCUAUCUUCACUUCAUCUUCUAUAAACUCUUCAUCAAGUUCGAUAUCGCAAACAUCCAAUUCAAGCAUCAGGUAUUUGUCCAAGAGGAUCAAAUCUUUUCGAUCAAGCUCGUCUUGUAAUUUUAAAGCCAAUUUGAGGUACUUGUCCGUCAAAUUUCGAUCAACUUCAACUAGUACUAGUUCGAAGGCCAAUUCAAGGUCUAAUUCUGAUAAACACAAAUUGUUUGAAGCAAAUAAAAAUGCUUCAAAAGAAGGGCAAGGACAACAAGACCAAGAUGUUACCAGGAUUGAGAAGAACAAGUACAAAAAAGUAUGUUACAGAUCGAUUGUGAGUUUGUGUUUCCUGCUCAUGGUUUUGUGGGGUUUGAUGUUUUAUGGUAAGAUUUGUGCCAUUUUAUGUACUUUGGUGUGGCUCUUCAGUGUGCCUCUUUGGUGUACAAGUGUUGGACAUCAUGGUUUAACAAACAAGAUUGACAAGAAGAAAUUCAUCAUUGGAGGGUUGCUACCAAGAGACACUCAAACAAUUCACUGACAAUGACAAAUUAAAGUUGAUUCUUUAAUUUGAUCAUCACAUUGGGUUCUAAUUAUAUAUAUAUAUUAUAUAUUUUUUUUUUUUGUGAUGUAAUUUUUUUUUAAAGUGAAAUAGAAAAAAAUUAGGCGAGAUUAGCUUUGUCGCAAUGGUCUUCCUAUAGGUGUGUUGGAGCAUAAAAACUCGGAUCCUCUAAUCCUCCAACAAGUAAAUAUUGUAAUCAUGUGAGAAGUCCAGAACACCAACUUCGCUUGCCAUCAAUGAGAGCGGGGGACCUGCAAGAAAACACUCUAACGCUCAAGUCAGUCUUUGUUCAAAAUAAUUGCAAGACAUUGUAAAGCUAUCAGAUACUUCCCUUUUUCCCCUAGGCUGGUGGGAUUCUUGGCCUUUUAUAGGCAUUAAAGUCUUGGGCUUCAAGUCCCACUUUCCUUCUAUUUCUCCAUGUUCCAUGGAGUGGGUAUUACGUUACUUGAUUGUA